AAAUGACUAGAGACUGUCAGCGCUGGUAGGAAGUAAAAUGGCCGCUGGAAGUGAAUGAGGGAGAAAAUUGAGAUGGCUGUCGCGAAACCUGUCAAAACGAUCAUCAAAGGAACAAUAAAAAUCUGUAGUUUAGCGUGGAUCGGCUUUGGGGAUUCGGUUUGUUGAAAAAGUGUUCGCGUGUGUGGCGUAAGGACCGAAACAAUGCGUGAAUUUAAAGUAGUAGUCCUCGGCUCGGGUGGGGUUGGCAAAAGUGCGCUAACGGUGCAGUUCGUGUCCGGGUGUUUCAUGGAGAAAUAUGACCCGACGAUUGAGGAUUUCUACCGGAAGGAGAUCGAGGUGGACAGUUCUCCCUGCGUCCUGGAAAUUCUGGAUACAGCGGGUACGGAGCAAUUUGCCAGCAUGCGCGAUCUCUACAUCAAAAACGGGCAAGGGUUCGUGGUGGUCUACAGCCUGACGAAUCAUCAGACUUUCGACGAUAUACAGAAUAUGAAGGAAACGAUCACCAGGGUGAAGGGCAACGAGCGCGUGCCGAUCCUUCUCGUCGCCAACAAGGUAGACCUGGAGCAUCAGCGCGAGGUCCAGUUCCAUGAAGGUGAGUGCCUCGCCGUGGGCUGGGGUUGCCCAUUCAUCGAGGCCAGUGCUAAGAACAAGACCAACGUCAAUGAGGUAUUCGCCGAAAUUGUGCGCGAGAUGAAUGUUAGCCCGGAAAAGGAAAAAAAGAGUUACUGUUGCUGCUCGAUACUCUAAUAUUGUAUUAUACCUUCGUUUCUUUUUACUUUUUACCUUGUUUACGUUUCUUUUUUAAUCCACCUUAUGUAUAGGACCAUUGAGAAAAUGCUCAGUUUUUUGUAUACAAAGCAAAAGGAAGCACAAUACCUAAUAUAUUUUUAUACAUUGAACGAGGGAAACUAUUUUUGUUUAAAACUUUUAAGGAAUAUCAUAUCUACCAGAAGUAAGAGGAAAAUAGUGCCUGAAUUAAUUAAUUCUUUUCUCAAAUGAUGAUAAACCGGGCCUAAAAAACCAUACAGCACGGGAGAGUCACUAUGUAACGCAAAAGUGUAUCCUCGUUUCACAUUUUCCUUUCCUCUAAUUCUAUUUACUAUUUUAUAGUUUCACCGAUCGGCCUUUUGUCACAUGAGAUAUCACCGUUUUUAUGUACUUGUAUUGUAAAGUGGUCUAGUAUUGUACAUAUUAUACAUACAUAUAUAUAUAUUUACAUUGAUUAGGUAAUAAGCUAAAAAAAUUCAGGAAACCGUGUUUUGUAUAAAAAAAAAUAUUGAUACUGAUAUAUAUAUAUAUAUUAAAACAAGAAACAUUUUAAAUCAAAAAGUGCGUAUGCGAGCAUGUUUAGACUAAUUCGUGUCUUGUUUUUUGUAAGUAAAUAGAGUGUGCAUGAGUCAGGGCGCAUAUACACGGUACCAGUACUCGUAUUUGCAUUCACCGGUAAUCGCAUCGUGUAAAUCUGUCCUAAGAGAGCCAAAUACCAAGUUGUGAUAUAUCUAUUGUAAUAAAUAAAUAUUAAGUGGUAAA